AGAAGGGGCUACAAAUAUCGCGUUGCUGCGGUGCCAUAAGUAACCGCUUCACCCGAGAAGAGAGAGGGUGGAGGAACGACGGGUGGGUGAAAGAAACGAACAAGAGUUUUACUUAAUGUGUGUGUUUUGUUUUUUUUGGAGGGGACGUGCGCGCGCUCUCAGACACGAGGUGAUGUUGACCGAACCGGACAGGCUCCUCCGCCGCGAAUAAGCGGCAGUGACACCCUGACCGAGGGGCUGGGGCACGACGCGCGUCCGUACCACCGUGCAGUUAUGUGUAAAAUAAUCGAGUGUUUGUUUUCCCCCCUCGCCGAGCCUUGAACGCGCCGUCCUUUGUGGCCACACGUGGAGACGAGCUCACGUUUUCUUCGUGGAGAUUGUCGUGAAGUGACCGAAGUACUUCAGUGUUUGGAUCGGCUGAUCGCACAUGGACGUUGAGUUCUCCGGGCCUUCGAGUCGCUCAGCUGGGCAGCAUCAAAGCGCACGGACCACUGGGAAAAUGUCAAGGAUGCUCCUAGAAGGAUCCGCGGAGAGAGCGGCGUGAUACUCAGCCGAGGAGACAGAGGACGCCGAUCACAAGUGCAGCUUAGAGAAUAACGGUCGCUGAUUUUAAGGGGCUUUUUUUUAUUUUAUAAAAACAAUGGGACCUCUUGGCACGUUUUCGUGGGCUUCUUCGACGUGACACCGGACACACAGGAACUCUGUAGCUGCUGCUGUUGUUGUGCUGGUGUUGUGCAGUUCGGGCGUGAAGUGGAAGUAGCAUCCUCACUGGGUCACAACCCAGAUUAGUGUAAGGUGACAGAAUUGUUUUAGUGAAGGGGAAUCCCGACCGAGAGCCACACGGCACCAUGGAUGACUCGGGGAUAAUACGGCGGCGGAGGCUGCAGAAGGAUUUGCCACUGCCUCGCAAAAACAGCAGCUGUCGUACAAGCAACAGAAAAAGUCUGAUCCUGACGACCACGUCCCCCACGCUCCCUCGGCCUCACUCCCCUCUGCCCCUCCCUGGACACCUCGGAAGCAGCCCACUGGACAGCCCACGAAACUUCUCUCCCAGCAACCCAGCCCACUUCUCAUUCGCCUCCUCCAGAAGGGCCGAUGGACGACGAUGGUCUUUAGCGUCGUUGCCCUCUUCUGGAUAUGGUACCAACACUCCCAGCUCCACGUCCUCCAGCUCUUCUCAGGAGCGACUGCACCAGCUGCCCUUCCAGCCCACCAUGGAUGAGCUCCACUUCUUAUCCAAGCACUUUGGCAGCACAGAGAGCAUCAUGGAUGACGAUGGGGGCCGCUGCUCUCCCCACAUGCGCCCUCGCUCCCGCAGCCUCAGCCCAGGACGCUCCUCCUCCUGCUACGAUAACGAGAUAGUCAUGAUGAACCACGUGUACAAAGAGCGUUUUCCAAAGGCCACGGCUCAGAUGGAGGGGAGGCUGGCUGAGUUCAUCCAGGCUUACUUGCCUGAAAGUGUUCUUCCGCUGGCCGAUGGAGUCCUCAGCUUCAUCCACCAUCAGAUAGCAGAGCUGGCCAGAGACUGCCUGGCCAAAGCUCGCGAAGGCCUCAUCACCUCUGUGUACUUCUUCGAGCUACAGGAGAAUCUGGAAAAGCUGCUUCAUGAUGCAUUUGAGCGCUCGGAGAGCUCCGAGGUAAUCUUUGUCACGGAGUUGGUGAAAAAGCUUCUGAUCAUCAUCGCCAGACCUGCAAGGCUUUUGGAGUGUCUGGAGUUUAACCCCGAGGAGUUUUACCAUCUGCUGGAGGCAGCUGAGGACCACGCCAAGGAGGGUCAUCUGAUGAAAACAGAUAUCCCUCGUUACAUCAUUGGCCAGCUGGGGCUUACUCGAGACCCGAUUGAAGAUAUGGUUUACUUGGAAAGUUAUGACAGCGAGGGACCAGUGACACCUGAAACAGAUGACUCCACAGAGGGUAAGAUGAGAGCAAUGAAACCACCAGGAGAAGCAGACUUCCAGACCAUCAAGCUGAUAAGUAACGGAGCAUAUGGCGCUGUUUACCUGGUGCGGCAUCUGGAGACACGGCAGCGAUUUGCCAUGAAGAAGAUUAACAAGCAGAACCUGAUACUGAGGAACCAAAUCCAGCAGGCCUUCGUAGAAAGAGACAUUCUCACCUUUGCAGAGAAUCCCUUUGUCGUCUCCAUGUUCUGCUCCUUUGAAACACGUCGGCACCUCUGCAUGGUCAUGGAGUACGUAGAAGGUGGGGACUGUGCCACCCUGCUAAAGAACAUCGGGGCUCUGCCCGUGGAAAUGGCACGCAUGUACUUUGCAGAGACAGUCCUAGCGCUGGAGUACUUACACAACUAUGGCAUUGUGCACCGUGACCUCAAACCUGACAACCUCCUAAUUACCUCAAUGGGCCACAUCAAACUGACUGACUUUGGCCUGUCGAAGAUGGGUCUGAUGAGCCUGACCACCAACUUGUAUGAAGGACACAUAGAGAAGGAUACUCGAGAAUUUUUGGAUAAACAGGUGUGCGGAACUCCAGAGUAUAUCGCCCCAGAGGUUAUUCUUCGUCAGGGUUAUGGAAAGCCAGUGGACUGGUGGGCGAUGGGCAUCAUCCUAUAUGAGUUCCUGGUGGGCUGCGUGCCUUUUUUUGGAGACACUCCAGAGGAGCUGUUUGGACAGGUCAUUACAGAUGACAUAGUGUGGCCAGAAGGAGAUGAGGCUCUUCCUGUUGAUGCCCAGCACCUGAUCUCCUCUCUUCUGCAGACAAAUCCGCUGGUUCGAUUGGGCACAGGUGGUGCUUUUGAAGUGAAGCAGCACUCAUUCUUCACUGAGGUGGACUGGAACAGCCUGCUGAGACAGAAGGCAGAGUUCAUCCCUCAUCUAGAGUCAGAGGAAGACACCAGUUAUUUUGACACUCGUUCAGAGCGCUAUCACCACGUGCAUUCAUACGAUGAAGACGAUACCAAUGACGACGAGCCCGUGGAGAUUCAUCGCUUCUCGUCGUGUUCCCCUCGCUUCAGUAAGGUAUACAGCAGUAUGGAGCAUCUGUCUCAGCUGGAGCAUAAACCCCAUGGCGUGACUCUACGGGAGCACAAGGUCCCCAGGGAGGAUCGCUUAGCCAAGAGAGAAAGCCUGGGAAGUGUCACCCUCCGAGAUAAGAGCUGGAGGACUGGCUCACCGGAGAUGAAGCGUUUAUCCUGCUCAGAGUCCUCCUUCACUGAGAGUGAUUCCAGCCCUCCGUCUGGGGCACGGAGGCGCUUCUCUGCUCUUAUGGAUUCUUACCGAUUGGCCUCCCCUCUGGAGUUGGACUCUGAGCUGCCUGUCCCGGGCAGACAACCUCCAGUGAAGGCCAGGGGAACGUCUCUGGAAGGAGCCAUGGGUACCAUCUCUUCUCAAGGCGACCUGAGGGCAUUCCUUAAAGAAAGUAAUGGCUUUGCAGCUGGCGACAAACUGUUGAGACCUGCUGAUGCAUCACUGCCCCUGCCAAGCAGUGCUACCAUUUUGGGGCUCCCAGACCCACCGGGGACUCGUGGGGCCACCACAGACCUGGUGCUGCGAAGAGUUCGCCACCAGCAGCUCUCGGAAGGAGAAAAACGCAGCUCAAGACCAGGAACUAAAGUUAUCAAAUCUGCCUCUGCCACUGCUCUGUCUGUCAUCAUUCCAGCAGUGGAACAACACGGUGCAUCCCCUCUGGCGAGCCCCAUGUCGCCCCGCUCCCUCUCGUCCAACCCUUCCUCUCGUGACUCAUCCCCCAGCCGAGACUACUCCCCGAUGGUCAACAUCCUGCAUUCUCCCAUCACCAUCCACCGCUCUGGGAAGAAGUACGGCUUCACCCUCCGAGCUAUCAGAGUCUACAUGGGAGACAGCGAUGUUUACAGCGUGCAUCACAUGGUCUGGCAUGUGGAAGAUGGAGGUCCGGCUCAGGAGGCUGGACUUAGUGCUGGUGACCUCAUCACUCAUGUAAAUGGAGAGUCAGUCCACGGUUUGGUCCAUACAGAGGUAGUGGAGCUGAUCCUGAAGAGUGGGAACAAGGUGACUAUUACAACAACUCCUUUUGAAAACACCUCCAUCAAAGUGGGUCCUGCCCGCAAGUCCAGCUAUAAAUGCAAGAUGGCACGACGCAUCAAGAGGACCGGAGCCAAGGACGGACAAGAUAAGAAGCGCAGCUCCCUGUUCAGGAAAAUUACCAAGCAGUCCAACCUGCUCCACACCAGCCGGAGCCUCUCGUCUUUAAAUCGCUCCCUGUCGUCUGGAGACAGUCUCCCGGGCUCCCCCACCCACAGCCUCUCUGCCCGCUCGCCCACUCAGAGUUAUCGUGGCGCUCUUGAAUCCCCGCACCUGGGUACAUCAUCCCAGAGCAGCUCCCCGGCCUCCAGCACCCCUAACUCACCUGCAACCACUCACCACAUGAGACCCAGCUCCCUACAUGGGCUGUCUCCCAAACUUCACCGGCAGUACCGCUCGGCUCGCUGCAAAUCUGCUGGCAACAUCCCAUUGUCUCCCCUGGCUCACACCCCGUCCCCGACCACCUCCUCUCCUCCACCUCUCACUGGGCACACGGUAGGGAGCUCCAAUACCACGCAGAUGUUUCCUGCCAAGCUGCACUCCUCACCUCCUGUUGCCCGCCCACGUCCCAAGAGUGCGGAGCCACCCAGGUCCCCUUUGCUGCAGCGGGUGCAGUCUGCAGAGAAGCUAGGAGCACAGAUUUUGCCUUCUUCAUCAUCAUCAUCGCCCUCUCCUCUGACAGGGGGGGUGUCAUUACGCAAGCAUAGCCUGGAGGUGACACACGGGGACUACAGGAGAGAGUCCUUCCACUGUGAGCACAGUCUACAAAGUCUGCUAGAGAUGGAAGGAGAGAACGGACCCGCUCCCCCAUCUCCUUCAUCAUCAUCCUCCCCCUCUCCUCCUAUGGGAGGGGAAGUUGGAGGCCUAAAGCCUGUGAGACGUCUGGGAAGGCAGGAAUCGCCACUCAGCCGUGACACACUCUUAACAGCAAGAGAGAAAGAAGUCCAAACCACAGAGUCUGAGCUUGCUGGGUCACAAACUGAGAGUGCAGCUUCUAAAGCAGAGUCUAAGAUGAGCGUCGUUGACACAUGUAAAACGUUACUUCCUGCUGAGGUUGCAAAGAGUCAUGGAUGUGGAGCUGCAGUUGAAAUCAAGUCCAGUGCUUCAUCUUCAGAGGUUAAGCCUGGUUCUGGGAUCAAAGCUCCAAGUUCAAGCCUUUCCGGUUCUGAGGCAGCAACUUUUAAGAGUAAACCCAGUGAAAAAAAGUCUCCUUCAGGCACAUCAAAGGGCCUGCUAAAGCAAGACUCCAAGCAGCAAAGUGCACAAACAGAUAGUGGACCUGCAACAAAAGCUCAGGAGAAGACUGAGGAGAAGGCAAAAGGCCCUUCAGCUGCACACAAAGGGACCUUUCAGAAAGCACCUACAGAGCAGCUCAAGCAGCGUAAAGGUACAGACACGAUAGAGAAAGGCGCAAGCUAUAAAGCUAGUGAUACCACCAAGCUCAAAGGACCUACACCUGUAAUUCCAAACCAGGGUCAAGCCCACGCUGCAGCCAGAUGCAAAGAGGAGAAGCCAACAAACAGAGGAGUCAAGGAGGAGAGGCAACACCUGGAGGUCCUGGAGGAGAACCCCAUGUCGCCUUCCUCGAAUGCAGCCUCACCCGCCUCGAGCAAGUCACGGCCCAUGUCUCCAGGGGAUAAAGCCAGCUUCGUUACCCAGCUCACAAGCGUGGCCAAAACAGUCCUCGGGCCUAUGAAGGGGGGAUCACAAGAGGGAGGCAAGGUAAAAGACAUAUCCAAGUCUGGCGAGGAGAAGCGGGGAAGCACUGCAGGAAAAGGAGAAGCUUCGUCUGUCAGUCUCCGCCGGGGGGCUCAGACAGCAGCCAGCACUAUCCAAUCUGAUAAAGGAAACAUUCGCAGCUCUAAGCAUCACUCGUGAUAAGAGCUUCAGAGGGAGUGCGAUUGUCCCAUGCAAUGCCUUUUUAACUGUAGCAUCAAGCUAACAUAUCAUGAAUUUACACAAAAUGUAAAUGGAGAGACAUGCUGAAAAAAAGACCAAAAAAGAUGACAGAACAAAGUUGCAUCAGCUGACUCCUGCUGGAAAACAUGUGCACAUGGUGUCCUAAUGUAGACCUGUGUAUGUACUGUAUGUUCAUCACAUUAUGUUGUAUAUAGUACAAACAAAUGCAUAUGUCUGAAUGCAUGUCUAACACUGUACAUGGGAAAUGAAAGAAUAUUUAAAAAAAUUAAAAUUAUACAGCAGACCUUAAGGUAGAGAACACUGUGAACAACUUUUCAACUGAACACAGCCACAUGCGCAGACAGGUCGGAGUCUGUUAUCCUUGUAUGGGGGUCCAGUAGUGCCAAAAUUAUGUUCACGUGUUUGCCGUGUGUGUCGAUUUGACAUGUGACUAAAUAUUUUUUAUGUUGUUUCAAAGACUUAACUCGUAGCAGAAAGAAAAAACUGUGAAAGACAGAAUUGAUUUUUUUAAAUGCUCUUAUGUAAUAGCAUUUUUAUUGUGAGUCAGCUCCACAAUAUGUUGAAGAUUACUUUCUGUUAUGGAUCUCAGGCUCUGGAACAAUCUGUGUAAGGUCCUUCCAAACAGCUGAUAAUUUUAAAUAACUUUUAGAGACCCAACAAAUUGUGUUUGCUUUUAGUCAAAUUUGAGGCGUUACAUAGUUUUUGUCAAGUCUCCUGUGAAAAAUUUCUUACUGCUUGUUUACUCGGUUGCUGUUUGUUUCUAUUUGUGAAUUUUGAUCAAUUUAUUUUUUACA